AUGGGAGGUCAGAUCACCAGAAAUACCCUCUACGAUUCUCUGAACGGGCCGUUUCCUGCCACAUCCCACAGAUGCCACCACAAGCCCAAGCGUUGCCUGCCCAUCCAACCAUGUGGGAGUUUGUCCUCUUUCCCGCUGCUCUUCCACCCCAGCACCAAGGGCUCGCAGAUCGUCAUGGACAUCUCCCAGAGGACCGUCAAGAGACAGGCCAGCUUCUGUAACGCCAUCACAUUCAGCAACAGGCCUAUCGCUGUGUUUGAGCAAGUUCGGCUAAAGAUCACUAAAAAGCAGUGCUGCUGGAGCGGUGCUCUGCGUCUGGGUUUUACAACCAAAGACCCAUCGAGGAUCAACCCAGACACUUUGCCGAAAUACGCCUGCCCAGACCUGGUCUCCCAGAGCGGCUUCUGGGCAAAGGCCCUACCAGAGGAGCUCUCCAAUGAGGGGAACAUCAUCUCCUUCUGGGUGGACAAGAAGGGCCGGGUGUUUUACCGCAUCAACGACUCCAGCCCAAUGCUGUUCUUCAGCGGGGUACAUGUUUCUGAACCUCUGUGGGCUCUAAUAGACAUCUAUGGCCUCACAAGGGGGGUCCAGCUGCUAGACAGUGAGAUGCUCCCCCUGGACUGCCUGCGUCCUCGCUCUUUUGCUGCCGCCCACCGGGCCUCCAUUCAGCGAAACGGUGAUGACCCUCGCCUUUCAAUCAGCCUGUGUGACCUGAGCCUGCAGCAGCAGGAGACGACCCUGGAGGAAGAUGAUGAGGAAGAGGAACGGCUACAACCCUUAAGCUCCGCCUCCUGCCAUGUGCCCCAAAACUCUCAGAACUCGCAGCAGUGCUCGCUGCUGCCCAGCCAUUUGGACACUGAUCUGCGCUUCCACCUGGUGCAUGGCAUCCACGUGACUGUGCUGGAUAAGCACACGGUGGCGCGGCUGGAUCACCGCGGUGACGAGAGGACCCUGGUGUUCACCAGCCGGCCAAUGCGCUGCUCAGAGACGGUGUUUGUGAAGGUGAAGGCGGGUGUCACGCGGCCCGGGUCUCUUUCUUACGGUGUGACAUCGUGUGACCCUGCCACCCUGAGGCCCAGCGAUCUCCCAUCCAACCCAGAAUCCCUGGUUGACCGCAAGGAAUUCUGGGCCGUGUGCUGGGUGGCAGUGCCGCUCCACAGCGGAGACAUCUUGGGCUUUGUGGUGAAUGCAGAAGGGGAGGUCAUGAUGAGCCAUAACGGCAUCAGUGCAGGGAUGCAGCUGUGUGUGGAUAACUCCAGGCCACUCUGGAUGUUCUACGGUCUGCACGGCAACAUCACACAACUCAGGAUUUUAGGCUCAUCACCGCACGCAGACCUUCGAGGCCCAUCGGCCCCCAGCUCCCCAUCCUGUACACCCAACACCCCCACAAUGCGUUGUAGCGGCAACUCCGAGCCCAACCUCAACACACCCUUGAAUAUCAACCUCAAUUCAAGCCUCAACUCCAACUACCACACCAUCUUUUCUUCCUCCACAGGCACAACCCCAAGCUCUCCAUUCUCCAGCCACCCAGAGUCCCCUGCCUUCCCAUCCUGCUCUGGCUCGUGGAGUGACGAAUGCACCAUUUGCUAUGAGAACGUGGUGGACACAGUCCUCUACGCCUGUGGACACAUGUGUCUCUGCUAUGCCUGUGGCCUCAAACUCAAGAAGAUGGCCAAUGCUUGCUGCCCCAUCUGCAGGAGGACAAUCAAAGACAUCAUCAAGACCUACCGGAGCACGUAGGCUCAGUGUGUCAGAUUCAGGUUCAGCUCAAGAGGUUGUCAAAGCCAUGUAACACUUAGUAAAGACGGACACAGCGCAAGUGAAAGCCCCGCUUGUUGUGUGUGUGCAAUCUGGCUCAGGUACUCUACAGCAGGACUCAUCAUUAAACAUUUUAUCUAUGUCAUGUCUAAUGCACAUUCUUGGAACGCUCACAGUGGCUCCUACCUGUGAUGUCUCAGUAAAGACCCAGCAACAAGAUUAAUCAGAGACCAUCAAAGUGUGAUCAACAGAAACAAAACAUGUGCUACUGCAGUAAAUGACUAAAUACACAGUUACGCCUUGACCUACUAUUGUCCAGCGACUCUGUGAUUUGUGGAUCUGUUGAAUAGAAAGAGUAAUCUAAAGAGGCAUAUGUCCUACUUCCUGCAGAGUAACCCUUCAUUCUGUUGGUGAUAGCAUCGCUGCUAGCUGGUUUUAGAAGAGGUAAAAUUGUCCAGAGCUGCAGAAGAAACAAGGAGAAUAAAUCCACUUCUUGUCAGAGAGCACAAAUCUGAGAGAAAAUCAAGAUUUGGUAGAUUAUCCUGAAUGCUUUGAGAGGCCAGUGAGGAAUGAGAAAAGUGAGGAAAAAGAAAGACAUUCGUUGUGAAAACUUUGGAGUACUUCUCAAAUAAGCCAUUUUUUGAAUGCGUAGAAAAAAUGCUGCUCCUGCAAUAAAACACAAUGAAAUGCCUAAGCCUAAAGGGUUACAAAGAAGUAAGAAAAAAGAAAUCCUUAAACAAACUCUGUUGUGUAAUAAAUGGAGUGGUUUGUCGGAUAUCUCACUACCUGCUGUGCUUCUCUGAACUUCAGGCAGGGUGAGAUUGUGCGAAGGGUAAAAAAGUGUGAACGUUGUCACCAUAGAAGGUCACGCUUGCGGUGAAUGAGGAUGUAAAUCAGUGAAGCGGGAGCGAGGGAGGAGGUGGGAGAGAGGAUGUCGUAUGUUUGGGAUGAAGACAAGGGAGGAAGGGGCAACUUCGCUGUGUGUCUGCACAGCGCGAAUAAAGUGUUUGCUCACUCAGGCACACCAGAUACAUCUGAAGUUUGUAUGAAAGCCUGUAAAAUGUGGGACUUGCAUGGUUUGCAUGUUUUGCUUCUUGGCAGCCAUGUCUGGCUGCUCAGUAAGCUGGCUGGAUGCUGUAAUUGGACAUUCAAAUAAACAUUGGUGGGCAGCAAAGUAUUUUUAAAAUGCUGAAAGAGCGCACAAGGAUGACAAAUCAACCUCUUCAUCAUUGUGAGAAACCCAUAAAACACCAAGUUACAGAUGGCGUCGCUUAAUUCAGGUUACACACUUCUCUCUUUCAUAUGUACAUUAAGUAAGAACAUGAAUAUUUGCUUUCAGUGAUGACGUAUUUCAGUACACUGUGUCUUCAAGUGGAAAAGAAAUUCACUCGUGUGCAGUCAGUGACAAGGAUGUAGCUUGUAAUUGUGGGACAUUGUGAGAAUUUCAUUUGCAUAUCAGUUUCUGAGUGCUGCUCUCCGUUUGUAAAAGCAAACUGCAAGGACAUUUUCACUUGACUAAUCUCAUGCAUUAUGUACUGCUUUGAAUUGUUAAGAAGCUAUUUUCAGGUGUUUUUUUGGCCUUGAUGAAACAUUACUCAGUAAUUUGUAUAGUAGUAAGUGCUGAUUUGUGUUUUUUUUUUUAAGGUGUUAGCUUCAGCUUCAGUCAUCUCGCCACCGUGGAGGGAAAAUUUGCAGUUAAGUUGUAUAACAUUUGAAUCACAGUUUUCUUGUGUGCCUUUUAAAAAGAGAAGUCUGGACAAACGCUGGUCUGUUAGGCUCCUCACCAGUGAAAGCCAAGAGGAACACCAAGGUUCAUAUUCAUCUUAAAAUCACUCUUAUGUGGUUGUGAUGUCUCUGGUGUGAGCAGUUGUAACCACACAACCUACCAAUACAAAGCAAACACUUCAGUGUGCUUAAUAUCAGUGUGUGAAUUUAUUCACUGCUAAAGAUGAAAUGUUUAAAAAUCGCCUUGUCCCCUCUGUCACUGCAUUGUAUGAUACUGGAAUUGUGUUGCUCAGCCUUUAUAUUUUUUUUUUUUGUUUUUCUUCCUGACCAAAUAUGACCUAGCAGAAAUAAAACAUUGAUUUUUGAUAGAAAAACGUUAUUGAUGAGUAUAAUAUUAACUGUACAUUAUGAGGUUUAUUUAUUUUGUCAGUGCUACUAUAAAGAAUUCUCACUGUUUGUUUUAUAUGUAUGGCUAAAUUGUCCAAAAAGUAAGAAUAUUGUUUAUUUUAUUGUUGCAUAGUUAAAGAUUAUAGAAAACUUUAUUUCCCUGAAAGGCUCUGUGCAUCUGUCUGAUGAUUUUCACUUAAAGCAAUAGUUUGACAUUUUAUUAAGUACACUUUAUUCACUCUGGUGGAGAGUUAUGAGAUGAGAGGAUACCUUUUCACAGUAGUGGAAUGUAACUUUUAAGGACUCAAGUACACUACUCAAGUACUGUACUUCAGUGCAUUUUUGAAUGGAGUGGAACAUUUUGAUAUUAUGGUAUCAUUGUACUACUUUUACUUAAAAUGGAUAUAAAUUACAUUUUUAUAAUAAUGUAUAAAAUGACUGGUGGCUGGUAGUGAUGAACAUACAAAGAAUGAAUAUUAUAAAUAUAAAAAAAUAUAAAUUAGCAGAAGUGCUCUGGCCUAUUUGAGAAAACAUGUUUGUUUGGCACAGACUCCAACAAAUGUCAUAUCUUCAUGAUUUUAAUAGUUUUUUCGGUGAAAAUGAAAAUUGUGAUGCCAAAAUGAUCAGUCGCACAAUAAUCGUGAAUCAUAUCGCAAUCGUAAUAACUGUGAAAAUUAUCGCAAUAUGAUGUUUUUACCAUAUCAUGCAGCCCUAGUUUAGAUUAAGAUUUUGUUACGUCUGAGGUUCAGAACCAGGCUAGUUGUUUUCCCCAUUUUCAGUCUUUAUGCUAAGCUAACCGUCGGUUAGCUCAGAGGUUUUCAGACUGUGGUCCAGGAAACAACAGGGGUCCUUGAGUGGGUUGUAGAGAAUCCCCAGCAAAAGGAAGAAGAGAAUAUUUUAACAAAGGGAAGAAAUAUGGCUGGCUGAGUAAUUUAUAGUGAUCCUUGUUUGAUCAUUGAUUGACUAUAAAAACUUUAUUAUCCUCAAACCUAAAAAUAAAGAAAAUUACUCAGAGGGGACAAAAUCCUUGCAAAUUGGGUGUCCAUGAUCUAAUGUGCAGCUAUAGUGGGGGUUCAUGGGAGCCCUGUGCAAGCUGUCACCACUUACUGGACAAAUAUGAGGGUUGUAUCAAAACGUUUCAUCUAACUCUCUGUUAGAAAGCGAAUAAGUGUAUUUCCCAACAUGUCAAAUGUUUGCUUUCAUGUCAUAUACUAAAAUAUGGUAUUAAACAUGAAUAAAAUGUAUAAAGCUGGCAUUGGUUACAUAUUAGUUGGUCAAAUUAUGUUUUUCCUACUUGUGCAUAUUUGAAUUUGUGUUGUAGUGAAGCAGGCGUGAUUAGUUCCCAUUUGAUCGUAAUUCUGACGGCCUGUUUUUUCAAAUGUGACCAAAUAUAUAACGUCCGAAACAAAACCAGCAAGUAAGUGAAGGUGGGCAUUGUGUAUUUUGAACAAGAAACUUUGGGUUUCCUGGGCUUGGGAUUUCUAUUAGCUGUUAAAAACAUUCUUAAAGUGGAUUAAUUAUGUUCCAUUUGUUAAAUAAAGUUUAUGUCAGAUUAA